UCUCUGUCUCUCCACCCCCUCUCUGUGGGCGCAGAAGCAGUUGGUUUGCUCCGUUGUGGCUGGGACUUCACUGAGUGCUAUGUUGAGUGCUUAUUUAGGUCUGUUACAGCAGACUAAGAGCAGCUUGCCCAAGGGCAUCGGGAGAAGAGAGGGCGAAAAAGAGCGAGAGACAGAGAAAGACAGCAGGAGAGAGAGGCGACCAGGAGCCAACUCCGCAUUCCAGCCCUUGGAACGAGACAGAAGCGACCAGCAGUGGGAACUGACAGAGGAACAGCAAAGGGAAAAAAGAAGGCAACGAUAGGAGCUAGCACUGCGCUGAUCUCAAGCUGGGGAUUUGGCGCCAGUUGUUGUUGUGUGUUGUUGUUGUUUUGAGGGAAGUAAGCAGAGGCAGGCUGAGGCAGUUCUAGGACAGGGUCGGUUUGUCCGGGGCGCAGCAUGUUCGACUGCAUGGAGGCGCUGGGGAUGGGACCCCGCCAGUUGUAUGAUGUCACCAACCGGGGUGCGUGCAUGCUAAGGAAGGCGAACCCCUUCUUUGCGGGACUGGACCCUUUCGCCUGGACCGGGACAGCUAGCGUCCAGUCGGUGGAGACCCAGAGCACCAGCUCAGAGGAGAUGGUUCCCAGCUCUCCCUCUCCGCCCCCACCACCCCGUGUCUACAAGCCCUGCUUUGUGUGCCAGGACAAGUCAUCGGGCUACCACUACGGGGUCAGCUCCUGUGAGGGCUGCAAGGGCUUCUUUCGGCGCAGCAUCCAGAAGAACAUGGUGUACACCUGCCACCGCGACAAGAACUGCCAGAUCAACAAGGUCACGCGCAACCGCUGCCAGUACUGCCGCCUGCAGAAGUGCUUCGAGGUUGGCAUGUCCAAGGAAGCUGUGCGGAACGACCGCAAUAAGAAGAGGAAGGACGUGAAGGAGGAGGUGGUGCCGGUGGAAAGCUAUGAGCUGAGCGGAGAACUGGAGGAGUUGGUGAACAAAGUGAGCAAAGCCCACCAGGAGACCUGCCCCUCACUGUGCCAGCUGGGAAAAUACACCACAAAUUCCAGCUCAGAUCACCGCGUGCAGCUGGAUCUGGGGCUGUGGGAUAAGUUCAGUGAGCUUUCCACCAAGUGCAUCAUCAAGAUUGUGGAGUUUGCUAAGCGCCUCCCUGGCUUCACAACCCUCACCAUCGCCGACCAGAUCACCCUCCUCAAAUCGGCCUGCCUGGACAUUCUGAUGCUGCGGAUCUGCACGCGUUACACACCGGAGCAGGACACCAUGACAUUCUCAGACGGGCUCACCUUGAACCGCACACAGAUGCAUAACGCAGGCUUUGGCCCACUCACUGACCUGGUGUUCGCCUUCGCUGGGCAGCUGCUACCUCUGGAGAUGGAUGACACAGAGACAGGCCUCCUCAGCGCCAUCUGUCUGAUAUGUGGAGACCGUAUGGAUCUGGAGGAGCCUCAGCGUGUAGAUCGUCUGCAGGAACCGUUGCUGGAGGCACUGAAAAUUUAUGCCCGUCGCCGCCGGCCCAACAAGCCCCACAUGUUCCCCCGCAUGCUGAUGAAGAUAACUGACUUGCGAGGCAUCAGCACCAAAGGAGCGGAGAGGGCGGUCACUCUGAAGAUGGAGAUUCCAGGACCCAUGCCCCCUCUCAUCCGGGAGAUGCUGGAGAACCCCGAAGCGUUCGAGGAGCAGCCUGAAGCUAGCGAAAGCAAAGCCGAACCUCCUGCCCCGCCGGCCCCACCGGCCCCGCUGCUGACCAUGAAGACGGAGCGCGAGGACGAGGACGACAGCUGGGCCAACGAGAACGGCAGCGAGCCGUCGCCGGAGGAGGAAGACGACGAUGACGAUGACGUGGAGGAGGAGAGGGAGACGGACAGUGAUGGAGAGGCCUGGAGUGGUCAGGAACCCAAUGUCCAGGACAUGUCCAGAAAGAGCCAUGGGGGGAGAGCCCAGUGAGCAGGCUUCUGUUCAUACACACACACACCUCAUACCAACAAGCCUCCCUUCGACACCUUAAUCCCCCCGGCCCGCCUCCUUUUUGACCCCCCCGACUCACAACAAUCUGCCCUCAGCAGAGGGCAAACAUAGAGCCUUAUCAAUUCAGCCGCCUAUAACUCAGGCCUCACGGUCAGUGAUCAGAGACACGCUCAGUCAGAGACUUAAAAGAUGCACGCCUCUUCUCAGGAACUGUCUUCAAAGGGCAAAGAGGGAAGACGCGAGACUUAAACAACUGACUUUCUAGACAAAACAGCAGUCGCUUUUUUUAUACUAUCGCGUUUGUAUUGAAAAUAAAGGAGCAGCCAAACCUACAGAAGCCAACGUGAAACAGUCAGCUGUCAACGGGUUCAAAGUCACAUUUCUCCAGAACACUGCAAGGAAAAAAAAAGAAAAGAAAAAGCUUAUGCUUUUUUGUUGUUCUUGAUGCAUUUGAAUAUUGUCUUGACUUUUUCAGCCUUGAUAUAGUUCUCUUUACUUUUACAUUUUAUGAAUAAGCCCAUACAUAUCUAUAUACCUUUAUAUUUUUUCGUCUUUGUAUACUAUUUCUUCAGUUAUGUAUUGUUUUGGAUAGCUUUCCCGAGGAGAAACAGAGAGAGAGAGAGAGAUAAUCGAAUGACUAUAAACUGGCAGACCUCUACUGAGUCUCUACCUGGUCUUUCUGGCUGGGUUCUUGAGCACUUUGGCUCAUUGUAGACGUCGAUGAUAAUCAAUUCGAUAGGAAAAUCUCAACUCCCAGUUGGCUGAUCCACAUGUUUUCAGGAUUGGCAUUAUGGGUAUUAGUUCUGGUUAUGACUAACACAGCAUCUUUCCUGCCAAUCGAAUAUUGUAUUUUGUGCCAAAGCAUGCAGUUUGUAAAGUGGGAAGAGAGUUCAAGCUCUUAAGCCAAACUCUAGAGAGGAAAAGUGUCAGUUAAUACAUGAUGCAGGCCUUGUCCUAAUAAUUGACCUAUCCAUGCUCCACCCAUAAAUACAUUCUUUUGCAGCUACUGUUGAGGCUUUACAGAAUGACAAAAUAAUGAGGAAUUGUAGCGUAUAUCUUGCCAAUUUUUGGCAAUUUUUUUGUUGGUGUGAUCUCACCUUGCCUUACAGCUACAGCAAUUAUCUUUGAUUAGAUCAUUGCCUAACUUUAUAGGGACAUUGUGUGGCUUACUGUUCUUUAGGAUUAUGGAUUUCCGCCUCCAUGGCUGUCACCAAGUAGUUUGACUUUAUUGGCAGGCUAUCGCUUGAGGCAACAUAUUGUGGCACUGUCUGUUUUAGUCAUACUGUGUGCACAUCUGGCACAUAUGAUGAGGAAAAUGUUGCCAACCUUCCCCCAGAACAUUUACCUUCUUGCAGGCCCAUCCUAAAUGUAAUCAAGGAGUUUGAAUUUAAGAUUAGAAUUUAAGUCUGCAAGAAGGUAGAUCUCAAGGAGCAGCAUUGGUGACCAUUUCAGCCAUUCUACAGUAUUUAGCAUUGAAGACAUAGCUAGCUAACUUUACUCUUAGCCUAGAAGUAUGCUAUAAUUUGUCAUAAUGUUGAAAUUUUGUCCUGUAAAGCUUGUUCAACCUCAAUUUUUGUCCAGCAAAGCUUGUUGAAUCUCAGAUUUAGUCCCACAACCUCAGUUUGUCCCGCAAAGCUUGUUCAAUCUUGAUUUUGUUUGUCCUGUACAGCUUGUUCAACCUUGAUUUUUGUCCCAUUUUUCUCCGAUGUUUUGUUCCACCUCACAAGAGUACACAUCUACGAAAGAACAUGCUUGUGGGUGGAGCAUGGAUAGAUCAAUUGUUCUAAUUGUUUCAUGCUAAUCCCGCUUCGUUCCGAGUGCUCAGGGGGAGGUCUGCUAUUGGCCAUAUAUGUAGCACUUCAAUAAUGCUGUUGUAAAACAUGGCAAGCUUGGUGCUGACUGGUGUACUUAUCAUACAGAGCCUGGGGAUUCCAGCUUAGCAAGAAACCAUCCUUCAGAUCAGGUGCUUAGCUUUGCUAAGAUCCGAGUGAUUAAUAACUCACGCUCUCACUGAUGUGCAUAAAAAUCACAUAGCCGCAUCUUAUUCCCACACUUGGAAAGCACAUAUCCUGCAUGUUAACAGAACUCUUCAUAUACAUAUAUAUAUAAAUAUAUAUAUAUAUAUAUAUAUAUAACAUGGAAAUUCAGACUCAGGGCAUUUCGGUGAGGACCAAACACUAGCUGCCUGCAGGCAUGCUACAAAACAGCAAUAUUUAUGAGUGUGGUUUUGAAUAUGUCGGCUCAGUUUAGACGUCCUACUUGGAAGUGGAGACAUCUACAUACUUUAGUUAAAGCCAUUGUAAAACUUUUAUAUGCUCUGUUCAUUAUAGGAACGAUAUGGUCAUUUUUUAAAUAUCUUGAUCAAUUCAACUGCCAAAAAAAAAAAGAAAAAGGAAAAAAAAAACACAGCAUGCCAUUAGGUGACAGUGUGUAAUUGAACAAGUACCGGGUUUUCAGUUAUGCAAUACAGAAACCAGCUGUGCGUGUUGGGGUGUCUCUGGGAUUGUGAGGCUGUUACUGUGGAGCAGCCUGUAGUGUAUUAGGUCAUCAGAUGAAUGUCAUUUGUGUGGUGCUGUAACACUGAGAAUGUGAGCUCAUGUACAUAAAUACACACUCUCACACUUUUCUCUCUCCUGCCUGCACAGAUUCACACAAAAACACCUUCACUUGUCACAGUGUUGUCCAGUCUAUUCAUUGGUGCCCCUUAGUCCGCAUUUUUGCUCCCAUAUGCCUUAAUCAAGAGUCAAUACCACUGAAUCACUGGCUACAAUUGACAUAUCUGUGCUCUGCCCCCACAUGCAUUCUUUCAGGGUAACUAUUGCAAAGAUGGACAUGUUACAGGCAAAAAUCCAAUUAAGCCUAAUGUGAAAUUGUCCAAUUUUCCAGUGCAGCACAGCUGAGCUGGACUAUGUUGUUGUAGCUGAUUGAAAUUAGGAAUUUUGAAAAAGACAGCAACGAAUUUGCCAUCUUGCUAAUGUUAAAGCUGCUAGUCGUCCUGUAAAGCCUAAAAUAAUUAUUUAAAAGUCAGAGGCAUCAGGACGGAUUUUGCUUGAGUUUUUCGGACCACAUCAUACAUCUUUAUGUCACACGCACAGACUCAAAAAAGAAGGUCCAGCUCAAUGUUUAGGUCUCCAAUGCAAAAUCAACAUUAUACUCAUGAAGAUAUGAUGACAUUAGCAGAUAAUUCACUCACAUCCUCAGAAGACACAUCCUUCAACAAGUUUUGACUGAGUUCUCUUUGAAAACCCUUUCAGUGCGCUCAGAGUCAUCAGAUUCAUCCACUCAGGGAAGGGGACUGAGCACAGCGGGCGUUACAAAACAUUCUUCGGCACAUUGCCUCUAAUUACACAUUUCCACCAGAGAGGUCUCCAAAUCUCAAAAACGUACAUAGUGCUGCUUUAUGUGACUAUGUGACAAAAAACAACUACCAUCUUAAUAGUUUGACCUCUCACACCCAAAAUACAUAUCAUUUGAAAUUAAUUUCUAAAAGAAUCCAAAAUAAAAGUUUGAGUUUUAAAAUCUGUUUGAUCUGCAUAAUUCCACAUUGUCACUGUUGAAACAAAACCUCCAACAAAUAACUUUACAGGAGAAGCUAAAAAUGUUCUUAACUUUCAGUGUGAGUUGAUGUAACAAGAUCUUAUUCUAAGAAUUUCAUCAUGAAAUUUUGGCACAUUGUGUCAAAUUGAACAUUGAAAUUUGAACAUUGUGUCAAAUUUUGAAAUUUGGAAAUGUAAAUGAUAACUGGCAUUUUCAAUUCAUGUGAAAAAAUAAAAAACUAGUUUAAUGAGAUUUUUGCCAGUUUUGGAAAGCUUGUCCAAUCUCUGCUUCUUAGAAAGAACAUAUAUGUGGGCGGAGCAUGUCACAAGUCAGUUCUUACUAUGCCUUAACCAAGCAAGUAAAACCACGGACUACCUGAUACAGUCGUGCUGGGAGGUGGGAUAUACUUUAGAAAUCUGAAUUUACUUGGCUGAAAUAUAUACAUUAGUUCCACAGGAAUAAAAUAUAUCACACCAACACUUUAUUGUCCUCCACUUGACUUACAUUUGGCAAUAAUUGUGUUGAUGUAAUAAAUUUUAUUCACAUGGAAAUGAUGUACUUCAUUUCAAAGCAGUGUACAGCAAAAACCUGGACUGCACAUGGGUCGAUGAGUAAGGUUUGGGAAACGCUGUGAUCAGAAACACAUGCAUACACACACAUACACACAGAAACCUCUCUCCUGAGCGCCUUCUGCAGUGUUGCACUCCUCAGCAACACAUUGCUGUGUUGCAAACAGAAUGUUGAGAUUACGUUGUCUCAUUUGCUCUUUUUCUUCUCCUCGAUUUGGCUGAGGUAUUCUCAAUCCUCUGUUCAUGUUCAACCAGCUCUGUUGUAUCAAGAAAAGCCAUAUAAACAUUCAGAGGCACAAUAAAAUGACUGUUUGUGAGA